AUGACUAUCCCAUUCCUCAAAUUACCGUAUCUGAUCCAACUGGAAGUGUUCAAACAACUCCGAUACCAAGAAAUAUUCCUGCUGAGUUUAUGCUCGAAAAAUUUUAAUUUAAGAAUCCAACGACUCCAAUUAUCACCCCAAAUAGUGUCAUAUGUACUGGGCACUAAUGAAUAUCAAGUAUUUGUGAGAAAUAAUGAUAUGAUACCUCAUUUAUUGGUACAUAUGAAAAAUGUCUCGGAGCAUAUUGAUGUGGAUCGGCAUGUUUUGAGAAAUUUGGGAGGGAAGUCGCUGAAAUGCAGACAUGACAUCUCUACAAGAACAUCCUACUCUUUGGAUUAUUUUGAUUCCGAUGGCGCACUUGAAUCCUUACAAAAUCAUGUCAACAUAUUGUUCCGCAACAAACCAAGAGUCCAACUUGACACUCAUUUCUUUCACAACUCUGUCAUCAAUGACGUCAGAGAUGCUAUCAUCCAGUACGAAAUGUUAGGUAGACGAGAACUAGACGCUUUCAUGACCGCUCAUCCAAAUCUACAAAAUCUGAAAAUCUUGUCGACACUUCUUAUGUGGGACAUUCCCCCUGAAAUAUUAAAUAUCGAGGGGCUGUCAGUGGAUCAACCCAAUAUAACAGUCCCGAUGAUUAUAGAACGAUUCAAUGGGAAAUAUUUGAUUUUAAACAAUGCUCAACUUGAAAGAUUAACCUUGAUGACACUUGUUAUGGGAUGGAGAAAAAAGAUGACACACCAUAAUCUGCGUGCAGUGAUUGUGAAAACUUAUGAUCCUAUACGCGAUAUUCGAGGACUCUUGAGAUCACUCGGCGUCAGACGUUUUGAUGGAUUGAGAAGGCCGAGAACAUUUCGAUUCGAUUCAAAACUGAUCACACUCGAGUCUAACCUAUCCGAAGAAAUCGAUUGCUCCAACUAUUACGAUAUACAACAGGAUGAUGGGGGAAAAUGGGCAUCGAUCAGGCUCACGACUAACAAAGUUCGAUUUUUUGUUUGGGACUAG